UAACAGGAACCAGCAAAAAAAAGAGUUUGAGGGAGAGUGAAAAAAAGAGGCAGAGUGAGGGAGUGCAGGAGAAAAGUUAGCUGUGCCCAGAGCUCCCACAAAUCAAUUUGUCACCAGCAAGCUCUGACAAGCACUAGAAAAGAGGGAGCGCACAAGGAGAGAGGCAGGGAGUCGAACAGAGGUGUGAAUAGGGAGUUGUGUCAGAGGAGACUCAAGAGGGAAGGUGUGACGGAGCUGUACAGGGCAUAAAUGAGGUGAUACCGAUGGAUGGAUAGAAGGGGAGCACGGACACAGACAAGGCUGCAAUCUGAUUCCCAAAGCAACAGGAGCUAUAGAGGGACUGUUACUUUUGCUGCUGCUGUCUUUACCACUGCUGUGUCUGGAUGGUCGGUCAUUUACAGAGGAGGUUUGUCAAGCUUAAUAUUUCUGUUACAGGAGGACAGCUUUUCCUUGACAGACGGAUCAUUUUGCCGUGUUUUAUCUUCUCAUAGCGACCCAGCACGAGCUGGAGAGCGUACGCGAACAUAUUGCUGUGUUUUGAGAAUGAAGACACAGAUAGGGAGACAGCUGCUCUGUCUGUGAAGUAGGCAUGAGGCUGCGGCGUUGAGAGCAACUUCUGGUGAACUGCAGCUGUACACAGAUCACAUGCUGUUACUGCUAAAAAGAGGUAGUCGGAGCAGAGAGCAACUCAGGUUUGACAAAUGUUUUCUCUAGGACCAUUUUGUAAAGGCUUGACUGCAUGAGUUUUGUGAUUGCUGUAGAACAGGUUAGUGGAAGUGACAUUUUAUUUUUUAGAUACUACAUUAUACUUUCAUUCCCUUCACUGUGGCUACUUGAUCAGUGCUGGGCUGAAUCGGAAGCCCCUCAGAGCUUUAUCUGAGCUGUAAAGGAAGCCAGAGGUCAUCUGAUCAGACUUCAACAACAGAAAAAUAGGAAGGCAAUUUCUACACUCACAUAGGACAAAGCAUUGCUAUCUUCCCUUCCUCGGCAGCAUUAGACAUUACCUCCAUACACAGAAAAGUCCUGGAUGUUCUUUGAAGAGACCUCGUGGGUCAAUGAGGACAGGAAGCCGUGUCAGCUGAAAAACCCUAGUUUCAGAUGUGAGUAAAUUGGGCUCUGCCAGCACCGCUCUUCACUUUGCUGAGUGUUGUACAACUCCCUUCACAUUCACUUGUCCCCGGGGGACGUGGAAAGAGAGACAUCCUGGUGAGCAAUACGGCUCGGAGCUGACACGUGGAGGUGUAUAUACCUGCUUAAAGUAAGAUAGGAUUCAGUUGAGUAUUUGAGCAUUGGUAGAUGUUGUGGACUGAUGGGUGCCAGCUGCAGAGGUCUUCUGAGGCUUUGGGGUGCUGUCUGUGUGCAUGCUUAGACGGGCUCAUGUUAGCUUUUGACAGCUCCACUCUGGACUCACUUCAGCGUCUUGGACGUCACUGCGUUACCUCCGUGGCUGAGUCAGAGGCUGGUUCAUCACUCUUUGUCUGUCUGCCCACUGGGAUUCUCUCCACCUGCUUCUAUGCAAACAAGUCACAAGUGUUAGGUGGUUUUCACAGCAGUGGCGACAGCGGUGGCUCUGGUAGUCCUGAACUUUCAGGAGUCUCCACACUGCCUUAAUUGUUCUGCUGUGUGUAAACACCUCGCGUCAGUUACACCUCUCCGCAAAGUGACUCACUAUUCCCCAAGCAUCGGAGGCAGGCGGUGAAAGAGAAGGUGAGGGAGGAUUUGCCCAAGAACCAAAGCACCGAGGGGUUACAGUCUGAUUGGUACCAUGAAGCUGGCACUGUUGAUGCUCAUGGUUGUGUACACGGUGGGCAACGUGAGUGGUAUGUCCACAUGUAAGACAGUGGACCUGGAGAUGGUGAAGAAGAAGCGCAUCGAGGCCAUUCGGAGCCAGAUCCUCAGCAAACUGCGUUUGCCAAAAGAGCCUGAGCCCGAUCAGGCUGGAGACGAGGAGGAGAUCCCCAACACUCUACUGUCCCUCUACAACAGCACCAAGGAGAUGCUGAAGGAGCAGCAGACUGAGGUCCAGACAGACAUCUCCACAGAACAGGAGGAGGAGGAGUACUUUGCCAAGGUGCUGCACAAGUUCAACAUGACCAGAACAAAUAACACAGAUGACAAGAACACCAAAACCAUCCCAAUGCCCUUCAACGUUUCUGAGAUACGGCAAAGUGUCGGGGACUUCCGCCUGCUGACCAGUGCGGAGCUGCGGAUGCUCAUCAAGAAAACGUCGAUAGCUUCUGAGCAGCGGGUGGAGCUGUACCAGGGUCUGGGCACCUCGGCCCGCUACCUCGCUUCCCGUUUCAUCACUAACCAGUGGAAAGACAAGUCAUUGUCGUUCGAUGUCACUGAGACCCUGCAGGACUGGCUCAAAGGGACUGAGGACGAGCAGGGUUUCCAACUUCGGCUCUUCUGUGGAUGCAGCGGGAAUGAGCAAAGCAUGGAGAGUGGCUUCAGUUUUUCCAUCUCUGGUAUUGCGAGUGGGAGGGGAGACAUGGGACAAAUGCUGCUUACGCAGGAACCACCAUACAUCCUGACCAUGUCCAUCCCUCAAAACGUCAGCAGCCACCUUGCCUCUCGCAAAAAACGUUCCACGGAGACGAAGGAUACGUGUACAGCCCAGACGGAGACCUGCUGCGUUCGGAGCUUGUACAUUGACUUCAGGAAAGAUCUGGGCUGGAAGUGGAUACACAAGCCGACGGGCUACCAUGCCAACUACUGCAUGGGGUCCUGCACCUACAUCUGGAAUGCUGAAAACAAAUAUUCUCAGAUUCUAGCCCUAUACAAGCAUCACAACCCGGGAGCCUCUGCCCAGCCCUGCUGUGUUCCGCAGGCGCUGGAGCCACUGCCAAUCCUCUACUACGUGGGCAGGCAACACAAGGUGGAGCAGCUGUCCAGUAUGAUCGUGAAGUCCUGCAAGUGUAGCUAAAAAUACAACAUGGCACACUGCUCUGCCUCCCCUCAAACAUAUACAGAGGAGACGUCAUGUUUGAGACCGCAGGGACGAGCGGAUAAAAAGGACGAGAAAUAAUGCAGACAAGGGGAACAAAGUGUUUAAAGUAAUCAGGAUCUUGGCGGUCAAGCUUUCCCUCUGCGAGCGCUGCCAUUAUCAUGUUGGAAGCACAUCAAUCCACGGACUUCUUUAUAUAGAUAUGAUAGAUAAUAUUUUUUAUGUGUAUAUACUUUUUUUCUUUGCAUUACUAAAAUAUCUGUCUUGAAAUGAAUUAAUUUAUUUGUUGGUUGGACAGAAAACUAAAGAAGUGAUACAAAUGUGUAAAAGUGUGUCAAUUUUGACACGGAAAAGGAUUCAAAUGAUUUAUUAUAAAUGGGGGGGGGGGGGUCUAAAAGAUGCCACGAGGACACAAGGACCACAAUGACUCGGAUGGAAGAACUCUUUUGUUUUCACGUGUCUUGAUGAUUGUCUGGGACAUUUCUGUUUGCCAUCUUCCUGAAGAGGUCAUAGUUAUUAAUUGUGCUAAAGUCCCCCAGGUAUGGGAAACAGUGGUUGUUGGGGUUUUCCUGGACAAUAAUGCUGCAGGUGUUUUCAGAGAGACAGCUCCACCGUAAAGGACAACAUCCAACCACAGGGACUGUCCCACCUGGGGAAACUCCCUCUGACUGAGAGGCUGCAGCUGUCAGGCCAACUGAGCAACGUCUCACAGGAACCGUCCAUCAGUUUUACUUUGCUUUUGCUCUGUUGUUUUGUUCUUUUUCAUCCCAUGUGAUUUUUACAAUGCUUUUUCCGUCACUGUGUUUGUGUUCAUCGUCGAAUGUCCUUGGGCCGUCAGAGCCAUAUCAUGAGUCAUAUCAGUUGUCAGAGUGAUGACACCAUGUUUUUCCUCCCUCUCGGGAUUUACAGCCAGCUUGUUGUGUUUAGAUGGUGAAGGUCAGGGGAUGUGGUUGUGGUGUUGGUUUUAGGCAAGAGGCAGACAAGAGGCUUUUUUUAAACAAUAGUAAUUUAGGGGCAAUUUGUUGCCUUUUAUUUCAGGACAAGUUUUUAAACAACAGUAAAUUAGGGGCAAUUUGUUGCCCUUAUUUCAGGACAAGUUUUUUAAUCUUUCAUCUGAAGUGUGAUGCUUUUUGCACAACUCAAGAGUUAAUUCAGUUUGUUUUUCGGAAUAAAACCAACCCAUUUUUUCUGUUUACCCUAUUUUAUAGUGCACUUACCAUUUUAAAUUUGUAUCUGUAAAUAUUUUUUUAAAAUUUUGAAAUAAACAUUGAUGUUAAAUUAU